CUUCCAUGGCGGGCGAUGGGCGCCAGUGGCAGCGCCUUCCAAUCUCUUCGUCGGGCGAGUGUGUCGAUCCGAGGCAAGCUCUAGAUUUUGUUCGUAGGCUGCGGCAUUCCAGUCUUGGGGGUGGGGAUCGUCAAGCAGUGAUGGCCGUGAUGGAAAUUCUAGUCCGGCGGUGCGUGUACCCGCAUUUGAGUCCUGGCGUUGGGAUUCCUCUCCGGAAGAGGUUUAGAAAUCCUUCCGCGAUCGCUGGCGCCGCGGCAGCAGCGUCCGAGAUCGAUCCGCACAGGGAAGAUGAGAUCAAAGAACUUGAAAAAGGUUUCGAUGCAUUGGACAAAUCCGUGGAGCUUCUUUGGGAGCUUGUGGUGGAUUCAGAGGGCGGUGAGCUGCGAGAGAUCGUUCUCUCGCACCAUCUUCCAGAUUUGUGGGCAGGGAUUUUCCAGAUAAGUCACAACAGUGACGACGAAGCUGCGACGUCUGGAAAGAUCCAUUCUCUCGUCGAGGCUUUACCAGUGGCUCAUGCAGUCGAGGCUCUGAUGAUAUUGCUGGCCAAAGAGAACUCUCCACCGCCAUGGCUGGAGGCUCACGCAGGAAAAAUUCUGUCCAGGCUUGUCAUGCGUCAAGGUGGCGUAGCGGCGGUGCUGGAAAGGCUGGUCGGCAAUGCAGCACAGGGUGACGUCUCCGUCCAGAAGAGAGUAGCCACUCAUCUCGCAAAGUGCCCAAAGUUCGUCGGCAAUCCCGACAAGUACUACAGCAGCGUUUGCUCGCAAGUCCUCGAGAUCAUCUCCCUGCCAACAACGAACUCCAGUGAUGCUGGCGAGUCGGCCGCUCGAGCAGUCAGCAACAUGUAUCACACGUCCAUUGCGAUGGUGUGUGCCAUUGCUCGACGCAAGCCGGGGGCUGUGGAGGACUUCGUGGUGGAUCCUUUGGUGGAACCAUUGCUUCAGCUGGACUCUAAGCUGGAAGGGCAGGCAGUCCAGAGUUUGUUCAAGCUAAGCGCCAUCGCCACGGCAGGAGACAGGGGUGUUCGCGAGAUGAUCGUUCGCAAAACCAAAGCGGUCACUCCUCGCCUGCUGUUGCUCCAUCGGUUGGUGCUGGGUGAUGGCAAACCGAAUCCUUCUGCGGCUUUAAGCGAUCGGGACCGGCUGAGAGCCGCGGUUGGAGACUUGGUUCUGGUACACUUGACGCAACCUCCCGGCCACUGUUUGGCCGUUUGCUGGAGCUACAUCGUGGAGUUUUCGGUGAGGAGUUGCUGCUGGCAGUGGUCUGAUGCGGGCAUUGAUCUCUCGACCAGCGUUUCGAAGAGCCCCGGGCGCGGUUCCAGGCAUCUGUUGGAGCUGGUGAUGGAAGCUGAAAAUCCGGCACUGGCCGAUGGUCUGGUGGAGCGGGCAUCGAGUAAAAUCGCCGAGUUGGAAGGCGAUUUGGAGCACGAAGAUAACCAAAUGCUGGUGGAAGUUUGCAGAGAUGUGGUCCAAAGUUUCAAGCUUUGUUCCUAACGUGCAGAAAGCUCUUCGAUUAAAUACGAGGAUCAUUUCAACUCUAAAUGCUGGUGGUCCAAUGUUUCAAGCUUUGUUCCUAGCCUGGUAUGAUUUUUGUUCUCUUAUACUAGUUGUCCAAAUGUAAGAGAGGCCAUCAAAGGUGCGUAUUGGAUGAUCCAGCAUUGACAAAAACAAAUAGGUGAUGAAAGUGCCUUUUAAAUACAAGGAUCAUUUUCAAAA